GUGGCGGAGCCCCCAUUCUUAAAUUAGGGCGGCGCGUUCCUGCUGCAAGAGAAGUGAACGCGCUUGAGGGAGCUGCGGUCCCAUUGACGGCCCCCGUCUCCCUGACAGCAGCAUCAGCACCCAGCGUCCGCCUUGCCUGGGAGCGACGCAGACAGGCAAGCCGCCAUUCAAGACCACCACCCCCCACCCCUCCUCCCCCUCCCCCCCACCUCUCUGAACCCGGAUCGUAUCCCCCCGCGUGUGCCGUCGUCCACACCGACCGCCGGAGAAAUGGGCUCCCCGUGAAACCGAGGUGGUGGAGGGGAGAGGCGGGCAGGCGGGAGCUAGGGGGUGGGGGGGUGGAAGACACCGGUGCAGCAUUCGGGAAGAAGCGAGGCUGCUAACGGCAGCACGGAACCGCCACACUACCGCCGUCCCUAACAGCGACUACACUACCGCCGCUGCCGCCAUGGGAACUCCGCAUCAGUCGCUCCAACCGCCGCUUCAUCCGUGGGCCAUGUCGUGAUCCGUGGGCUUUGCUAUCCGUGAUUCCCAAUCGAGGGGAAGGAGGAGGGAGGAGGCGAGAUGUUCUCCUCGGUAGGCCCUCGGGGUCCACCCGUCGCCCAGGCUAUCCCGGAGCCGGACCUGAGCCACUUGACGGACGAGGAGAGGAAGAUCAUCAUGGCUGUGCUGGCUCGGCAACGGGAGGAAGAGGCGAAGGAGGAGGCCAUGCUAAAAGAAGAGAAGCCUAUCCAAGCGAGAACAGUAAACUUGGUUGGGCAGAAAAAACCUCAGCAGCAAAAUGAUGUCCGGGGCAUCCAGCAGCAGCUUUCCAGCUACAGAGAGACAGUGAUACGGCAGGCCACGACUGCAGCCGGUUCAGCAGUUCACCGGGAUGAUGCUCCAACCUGCGGCAUCUGCCAGAAGACCAAGUUUGCAGACGGUUGUGGGAACUUGUGUUCGUACUGUCAGACCAAGUUUUGUGCCCGCUGUGGGGGGAGAGUCUCCCUACGAUCCAACACGGAGGACAAAGUGGUGAUCUGGGUUUGUAAUAACUGCCGGAAACAACAGGAGAUCCUAACCAAGCCGGGUGAUUGGUUCACUGGUUCAUCAGGAAAGCCUACAGCUCUUGGUUCGGCCAUCAGUGAGCCAUCUGUUUCCCUAGCCCCCGGUGAUAAGAAGCUGCGCUCCCACUCCCAAGCCCCUCCGGGCUCCACAUCAUCCUUAGAACCAAACCCAGCCAGUGUACCAGGGAGCACAGCUGGAACAGAUAUCCGAUCACAGAGCGAACCACCAAGAGACACGAGAAAUGGAAGAGGCGGUGCAGGAACCGGUCGGGGAGACCGCAGGACAGGCCAUGCCAAGCUGGAGACCCAGGUUUCUAUGGAUCGAGAUCUCCGGGGUGAAUCUAGGGAACGCAGGGAAAGCCGCCGGCUUACAAAAGGAGGUUCUUUGGAGGUUGAUCCUGUGGGAGGAAGUGAUGCAGUGAGGCGGACACUAGAGGGGGGCUACCAAAACAUGAACCAAAGCGGUGGCCCCCCUUUCCAAGCAGGGCCAGUUCCUACUGGAAGCCAGGGCCAUCUUUUACCAGUGCAAGGUUGUGGCAGUGGAAUUAUGGGGAAGAUGAGAGAUGUCUUAGUGUCUGGACAGAGGACAGCUGGAGGGCUGCAUGAACACAACCCUGCCCUAAAAGACAAAACCCCAGAACUCAGAAAAUCUUUGGGUAUAACUGGAUCAACCCCAGGCCAGGGACCUGUAGUGAAACGAACCAAAAGGGACAAGGCAGACAGCAUGCUGCGCAAUGAUUCGCUAAGCUCAGAUCAAUCCGAAUCUUUACGUCCACCGCCACCCAGGCCAUAUAAAUCCAAACGAGGGCUUGGUUCCGGAGGCAAAAGACAAACCAGCGUCAGCAGCUCAGAGGAGGAGGGAGGGACCACACCCGAGUACAGCAGCUGUGAGGAUGCUGAGAUCGAAAGUGUCAGUGAAAGAGGGGACUGGGAGUGCUACCCUCAUGACCCCACUGUAUGGCAUUUGCAGCAUCCUGUUACAUGGCAGCCCUCAAAGGAGGGUGACCAUCUGAUUGGCAGAAUCACCCUAAGUAAGAGGAGCGCAACCAUGACAAAAGAAGCUGGCAGUCUGCUGGGGUUGAAGGUGGUAGGAGGAAGAAUCACAGAGUCAGGGAGAUUAGGUGCCUUCAUCACCAAGGUGAAGAAGGGCAGCCUGGCUGAUGUGGUUGGGCAUCUGAGAGCAGGGGAUGAGGUUUUACAGUGGAAUGGGAAGCUGCUACCAGGAGCCACCAUGAAGGAAGUUUACAACAUCAUCCUCGAAUCUCAAGCUGAACCACAAGUGGAGCUAGUUGUUUCCAGGCCUAUUGGUGAUAUACCAAGGAUCCCAGACACGUCCCACCCUCCAUUAGAAUCUACAGGUUCAAGUUCAUUUGAGUCCCAGAAGAUGGAGAGACCAUCCCUCAAUCUUUUAUCCCCCACCAGUCCUGGAAUGGUUCUAGACGCUCCACGGCUAAUGCCAGGAAAACUUUCUGUGAAGCUGUGGUACGACAAAGUAGGUCACCAGCUAAUAGUCAACGUGCUACAGGCGCUAGAACUCUCUCUUCGGCCGGAUGGACGUCCCAGAAGCCCCUACGUUAAAAUGUACUUCCUUCCUGACCGCAGUGACAAGAGCAAGCGCAGGACAAAAGCGGUGAAGAAGACCUGCGAGCCCAAGUGGAACCAAACAUUCGUCUACACUCACAUCCAUCGUAGGGAUUUCCGCAAUCAUAUGCUGGAGCUGACUGUGUGGGACCAGCCCAGGUCACCAGAAGAGGACAGCAUAUUUAUAGGAGAAAUCCUUAUUGAGCUGGAGACAGCCUUGCUGGACGACAAGCCACACUGGUAUCCACUCCAAACCCACGAUGUCUCAUCCAUACCCCUUCCACGACCCUCACCGUACCUGUCUCGUCGACACAUACACACAGACAAUCCUUGCAGGAAGCUGCAGCGUUCUCAGCGUGUAACAGAGCCUGAAUAUGAGGGUACAGCAGUAGUGUCUAAAGCAGAGGGGCGUGGCAGGGAGCGACAGCGGGAGCCCACAGCCACCCUGGCGGUGCCUGAGCUUCAGAGAACGCCCUCACAUCAUAUCCGUUCCCGCUCAGUCUCCCCACACCGUGAAGAGCAGGGAUCCAUGCGGUCCCGACCAGCCAACGUCCCUGCACAAAGGAGUCUAGACGACGAGCUUUCCCACUCUGUGCGUUCUCGUUCUCCAAACCGCUACUAUGACUCUGCUAGAAGUCGCCACAAGGAUAAAGAGUAUCUGGAUGACAGUGAAGUCAUCAUGAUUCACCAAUCAAUGCGAGGCAAAAGUGCUGAGUGCAUCCACUCCAGGAUGUCAACUAGGCACUAUAAAACCCUCCCAACCAAGAUGCCACUCGUAUUCAACAAAACCCACAGCAUGAAAAGUGAUCUUCAACCUUCUCUGGACAGGGUUAGGAGUGCUAGCACCAACUGUCUGACUCCAGAAAAUCAUGCCCUCUCACCCGAGUUGGAAAGAAGAUCAUUGUCCCACUCCUUGCCCUGGAGACGUCCUCCCAGUCCAAGGAUUUUUAUCCAACAUGCCUCCCCUGAAGAUGACAGGGGUCACCAUCAAGGUGCAUCGCUUUCCUCUUCAGUGACGUCAUCUUCAGCUCACAAAGUGAGGCAGCUCCCCCAGCUUCCCCCAAAGAGUAACAGUGUAGAACAAGCCCUGGUAGCAGAGGAGCGAGUCCGUCAACUCCAGAUGAGGGUUCAUUCCAACCGGAUGUCAGCUGCCAAUACUUCCAGCCAGCAGGACCUCGAUAGAGCCCUCAAGAGCAAACGAGAGCUCUACAAGGACCACAGGACGAGCAGCGAGAAUGCUUCCCAUAAGUCCUCAGAUAGUGAUGUCAGCGACGUGUCAGCCAUCUCUCGAACCAGCAGUGCCUCUCGCAUUAGUAGCACCAGCUACAUGUCCAUCCAGUCAGAGAGACCCCGAGGACGCUUCAGUCGAGCCAUGCGUGUGACGGGUCGCCACAUGAUGAAGAGCACCAGUGUGAGUGGCGAGAUCUACGGCAUGGAGCAUGCAGAUGGCAGCCAAUCCGACACCGCCCUCGGGAGCUUAGGAAACGGGAUCAAAAACCGGCGCUCGAGCCUCAGCCAACGUGUUGUUGCCAUCCUGCCAUCGAGGCGCAGUCGGAGUACUUCGCAGCUCAGCCAGACAGAGGCAGCGGGUAAGGCGGCAGAGAGACAGAAAGAGUCAACAGCAGGUAAGAAGAUGUCUAAGGCUGGCAGCAGCAGCAUCCAAAGGAGCGUGGAGACAGGCAGGGCGGUAGAGUACCCGCGAGGAGGGUCAGCCAUGAACCGUCAGGCCAGUAGGGAAUCUACUGAUGGCAGCAUGAACAGCUACAGCUCUGAGGGAAAUCUAAUCUUCUCAGGGAUGAGGUUGGGUGCCGACAGCCAGUUCAGUGACUUUCUGGAUGGUUUAGGGCCCGGUCAGCUGGUGGGCCGACAAACAUUGGCAACACCUGCAAUGGGUGAUGUUCAAAUUGGUUUGAUGGAUAAGAAAGGACAGUUGGAAGUGGAGGUGAUCAGGGCACGAGGCCUUACCCCCAAACAGGGCUCCAAAUCUCUCCCAGCUCCCUACGUCAAGGUGUACCUGCUGGAUAAUGGAAAUUGUAAAGCCAAAAAGAAGACGAAAAUUGCACGAAAGACCCUGGAGCCUCUGUACCAGCAGCAUCUGGUCUUUGAUGAGAGUCCUCAGGGCAAGGUGCUUCAGGUGAUAGUGUGGGGCGACUAUGGACGUUUGGACCACAAAUGUUUUAUGGGUGUAGCACAGAUCUUACUUGAGGAUUUAGAUCUAUCAAGCACGGUGAUCGGAUGGUACAAACUCUUUCCACCUUCCUCGUUGGUGGAUCCUACUUUAGCGCCACUUACACAACUGGCGUCUCAGACAUCAUUGGACAGCUCAGGACCACCCCCAGGUGUUCGGUCCUAGUGACCGUCAUGACACGAACCCUCCAUCAUCCCCUUAAAUGACAAAAUAGAGAAACUAUUGGACCACGAUGGGUGGCAGAAGAUGACGUUGGUCAAACAAUAAAAGCCAGACAGAGAGACAGUGAAUGAGAGAGAGAUAGAACCAGCCAAUCAACGCUUCGAAGGAGUCUGACAAUCAUUUCUCACACUUCCCCUUCUUUCUCUACCUGAGCUUUUGUUUUGCAAGCUUUGUCAUUUGUGCUCCUCUGGGCUGCAGGUUUAUGUCCACCUUCAUAAUAUUUCCUCUGUGUUGGAUUGCUUUCAUUUUUUUUGUGCACCUGAUCAAAGUCCUGCACUUAGUAGCGAGGAGUGCUAUAAACCAACGGGUGUCAAACCUUUUUCACCAAGUACCACCUCAAAAACACUUGGCUCUCCAAGUACCGUCUCAAUGACCAACAUUAAAAUAAAGUAGCGUAGUAGGCAUGAGUAUUUGUUAAAAACAAGGCAGAGGUUUUAUUUACCAAGUAGAUUUAAUAUUUUUGGCCAUUGUAACCGUACACUCAGUUUGAACGGUAACACUCUGUUUGAAUAUAUAAUUAAGUGACUUUUUUUUUGAUGCACCACUAAAUGGAAUCACUGCUAUAAACACUAUUGGGGUCACGUAAGGUCCAAAGUGAACACCUUCCAUGCAGAUCAAUGCCUGCCUGGAUGUCCACUGGCAUUGCUGUGGCAUCAGGGUAAGUCCAGCUGGGCACGAGGGCCUGCUGUUUGCAUGACUGGGUCCACUUUCUAGGUGAGAAAAGGCCUACACACACACACACACACACACACACACACACACACACACACAUAUUCACACACUCAUCCUUUGUCUUGUUGGGAGAUAUGAACGCAAGCACAAGAAGAGCUUGAAUCUUUUGUUGAGGCGGAGGCAACAAAGAUUUUGAUCUUUGGUGUGAACAAGAGAUAAUGGAGGCCAAAAUGACGCAUUGUUUAUGCUUAAUUUCACCAUUUUUUACCGUCUUAGCUUUCCGAAAAGUAACAUAUAGUGCAAAAUCCGUCUGAUUUUGUUAAUUUUUUGUUUUCCCACUACAGACUGCGGUCCGGUCAGAUUCGCCCGAACACCCAAUGCCCCUCUACCCUAUGCAUGUUUGUUACUUUCAUUUCUUUUUGGUUUUGUUGCUUUAGUUUUGUUUUCACCUUGAUGACAAAAGAGAUGAACAAAUUUAGAAAAAAUACAAAUAAAAAAGAAAGAAAAAAAGACGAAACUGUAUGUGUUAGUUCCUCAUACUUUUAGGCCAGCUUGUAUGUUGCAUGUUCUUGUACAGUUUGCUUGUACUGAAUAUGAAUACAAACCGAGAAAAAAGCCAAGCCAUCCCCGUCCCCGACCAAUAAGGUGGUGUCAACUCCACACCUUCCGCUCUGAAUAUUCAUAUCAGAAAAUUGCCUCGUUUUUUUAGACCCCUUCGAAUGACAGUGCCGUGCUGUAGUAAGGAGCAUACUCCAGCCCCUGGUGAUAAUGAGGAUGUACUUGUGACGUCAGACAGAGAUAGAGAAUGUGCGUAAUGCAGCUAUACCGUUACGAGUUUAAGAGAAAUUAUAAAGAUAUAGAUAUUUAUAUAUAUGAGUAUAGAAACGAGUGUAUCUGCCUGUCUACAUGCACACCUUGUACAUAGAAAACCAGCAGAGGUUAUGAACAAGACAAACAUCAGUGACACACACACACACACACACACACACACACACACAUUCCUGUGUUUUCUUUAUUUGUUUUGCUUCGAGAGGAAUUUGCUCCCUUUUGUUGAGCUCUAACUGCUGAGCGGUACUGAGCCACAGGGGGGCGCUGAAAGGCUUUCUGUUUUUCUCCCCAAGUUUCUGAAAACAAAACAUGCAGAAAAGGUGAAGCAUUGUUUUUCUUUCUACAAAGUCCCUCCUCCCGCUUACGAUUGGGACUUUUAGAACCAAUGAAGAAUAGGUUUUUUUCCAGACCUUUUGUGGCAGAUGUUGUGUUAAAACUCUCAGCAGUGUGGCCGACUGCCCUUUCCUUUGUCAGUAUUACUUCACGAAUACUGAUUGUUUACAGCCCAUGGCUCCCCAGACCCAAACCACGACGCUCGAGUAAAGACUGAGAAGUAUUCACUGCAACAGUUCUUGUUUGUAUAACAGAUGUGGCUCUACUGAUGUGUAUGUUUUAUAUUCAAGAGUUCAUUUUUAUUAUUUACAAAUAAAAGACUGUGCGGAAGAAGAUACCUGCUUUUUCCCAACGAA